GGGUAACCUGUUCUUAGGGUAAAGUACAGUGGGUUGAAGCAACUGAGCGUCUGACUGGGUAACUGGGGUUCUCAAUGACUGGGGGUGAAGUUAUGAUCGUUCUCAAGUAAGUAUUGAGGUUAACUAGAGUUUGAUUGCUGCUAAGCAAUCCUAGAAUCGAAUCUAUCUACAUGGUAAUGAGCGUGCCUUAUAUAGACUAUGUCCCUCGACGUGAUAUGCUUGAUAUGUUCCAUAGCCGACAUAUCACUUGUUCUGCUAUGAUUGAUAUGCGACAUAUCAAUCAUAUCCCUCUCUUGGCAAUCACGUGAUGUCACGUGUCUUUUCCCCUUAUGUAAUCCUUUCCCGCCGGUCGGUGAUUCUUUUUGGCGAAUGUCGUCAGGAGGGGUGUGACCCCACCUGGCCUCCUUGGUGCUGGCCCAACUUGUUUGGUCGUAACAUCAGGUCUCCUCUCCUUUGGCCAAGUCCCUUUGGCCUUUAAAUAGUCCGUAUUCCCCUGAUCCUUGUCUUCUGGUUCUAUUCCUUUUUUGCUAACUGCUUUGCGCCAUGUUUAGUCGAGUUAACAAAUCUCGCGGUCGCUCUUCCACCGCUCGUCGCAACGACUUGCUUUCUGUGCUUUUUUCUUCGGCGGUUGAGAUGCCUUCUUGUUCUGCUUGCGAGUCGCAAGGGAUUGCAAAAUGCGCUGUGUCGCCUCGUGAUUCCUCUCGUUGUGUCGAGUGCGUCCGCCUCGGUCGCUCGCGAUGUGAUGUAAUGGGUGUUUCGCGGGAGCAGUUACACAGGAUCGCGGUUCAACAUUCGAAACUCGAGUCUGAGUUGGAGGCGGCGGAGGAGAAAGUCCUUCGCCUGCGCAGACAAAAGAAAAUGUGGUUUGAAAAGAUGAUGAGGGCGGUCCGUCGUGGUAUUGACAAUCUGGAGGAAUUGGAUCGGGUGGAGCGUGAAGAGGCAGAGCAGGAGGAGCGGCGGCGAUCAGCCGAGGUUCUUCCUGAAAUAUCCCUGGAAUCGCUUCUUCCGGAUUCCAAUUUUGUCUGGGAUUCGACUUUCCCGAUGGGUCCUUUAAAUCCUUCGUUGUUGGAUGAGAUGAAUGUUUUUGCGCAACAUUCCGUUGGUUCGUCUGGUGGUAUGGUUUCGAGUCCUGGUCGGCCUUUAAUUUCUGGGAAUGGUAGGUGGUGCUUUUUGUGAGGAUCAGGCCCCCAGACCUACCCUCAGAAUCACGACUCGGCUCUACCAGCCACGCUGAGCCAGGGAUCGGACAAGGGUCCACUUACUCCGGAUUUAAGCGCGUCUCUUGAGCGCGUCGUUGAUUGUAAUUUCUCUCUUCUCUUCAGUUUAGAAUUUUCGUCGAUAGCGCCUAAUACACUGAGGUUCUCCAAUGUAUGCCUGGCCGUGACAUAAUUCUAAACUCACUAUAAUUUGCUGGUGAAGCAAUUAAAAUAUAUCGUUCAAUCCCUUUAUUCAAUCGUUCACCACGUCGGCUGUGCACGACGGUAAACUAGGCCACAGAAGACACCAUUCGCGAAAUCAAUGUCGCCGCGUAAGAAUUACGGCCCACCGAUUCGCCAAUCCCAACGCGUGACAAACGCAAACUCAGCAAAGCCAGAUAAUUUGGCUUCCGGCACUGCUACUCCCAACACCGAAGACUCGGAUCAAAACGGAGAGAUUACAGUUGCCCCAGUGAGCCCAGAGCCAGUAGAGCCCGCUCCUACCAGCGCCAACACAGAGCCUGAAGAGCCCGUUGAGCCCCAAUCCGACACAGAGCAAGAUCAGCCAGUCGACAGCAUCGAAGUUGACGGAUCGUACGAGUACGAGUCAGUUUCUGAGCACCCAGGAGAGGCGCGAAACCCUCCCCACCAACCUUCUGCCAAAACGUUAGACGGCAGGAACGAAAUUCCGAAAUUUCCAAGCAGAGCGCCCUCGCCUGUCGUCCAAAUGAGAAGCGAAAUGGCAGACGAAAGCGAAAACACUGCCGGCCAGGCUACAAUCACUCAAUCACAGCUGCAAGAUCUUUUGGCCACCAUUGCCCAACUUAAAGACCAGCUCGCCACCCGG